AUGAAUAUGCCAUUUCUGAAAUUGCUAUCCCAUUUUCUGCUUCUCACCUUCUUGAAUUUCGCUUCCACUUCUGAAGCAGACAGCCCUACUUACUCUGGCCACAACUGCACAAGGAAUAAAAACUUCACUUCCAAUAGCCCCUACGAGUUCAACCUUAACACUCUUUUAAUUUCCUUCUAUUCCAUGGCCGCCGACACUAACACCACUCCUGAAUUCAACACCACCAGCUUUGGCCGCACAAACACGAGCGACGCCGUAUAUGGAGAGUACAUGUGUCGAGGUGACGUCCCCACUCAGAUCUGUCGAGAUUGCAUUCGGGACGCCACAUAUAGAAUAGCCUCGAUGUGUCCCUACGACAAAGAGGCAAUCAUCUGGUACGACGAGUGCUUCCUCCGCUAUUCCGACCGCUCUUUCUUCUCCACCCUCCAACAACAGCCUGUUCAGCCUGUUCCUAGCCCUUCUGCCGUCCCUUGUCCGCAUAUGACAGACAAGGAAUUGUACAAGACAUUGAAUGAUGCGGUGGUGGAGGCAGUGACAUCAGAUACCAAGAAAUUCGCAACAAAAGAAGCAUACUUGAGUAAUGGAAGAUCGGUAUACACUCUUGCACAGUGCACGCCGGAUCUGUCCCUACAAUUCUGUGUUGAGUGUCUACAUGGCCUUAUAGAAGAUAUUCUGAAGGAGGAGGACUACCAGAGUGGUGGAUUUCAGAAUCCGAGCUGCAAUUUGAGAUUCGAAAGAUACCGAUUUUAUUAUAAGGACGACCAGCCUCCCUCCAAUGGUUCUACCUUUCAAGGGCUUGGAAGUCCUACUCUUGCGUACCAGAACUGCUCGACCACCAAAAAUUUUACUGCCAACGAUCCCUACCUAAACAACCUCAAAAGUCUCACUCUCGAGCUCUCCAUGUCAUCCGACGACACCAAAAGCAAUGGAUUCCACAGCACCACAGUCGGAAGCAAUUCCGACACUACCGUCUACGGCCUCUUCAUGUGUCGGGGUGACGUGCCCCUUGGGCUCUGCCAUGAAUGCGUCAGUAAAGGAAUUGAAGUACUGAACUCUGCAUGUCCCUCUUCGAAGGAGGCUAUCAUUUGGUAUGACAUGUGCAUGCUUCGCUACUCCAAUCGCUCUUUCUUCUCUACCCAAGACACACAACCUAUACAUACAGAAGCUGGCGGGGAUAUGCUUAGAAACCAAACAGAUGGCUUCAAUCGGCUAUUAGCUGCUACAUUGAGUGCUCUAGUGAAGACGAUAUCAAACUCACCGCCCGUAGGAGCGAAGAAUUUUGCAACAAAAAAAGGAGUCAGCCCUUCAGAGCUUACACCGUUGUAUACUCUUGCACAAUGCACUCCAAACCUGUCUAGUCAAGAUUGCCAAAAAUGUCUACAGGAUGCUCAGGAACAUAUGACGUCAUGUUGUCUUGGAAAGCGAGGAGGAAAUGUCAUGAGUCCUAGCUGCAACUUGAGGUUUGAAUUGUAUCGAUUUUAUGUUGACAGUAAAAGUGCUGUUUCGGGAAAUACAGUCGGAGCUGAAGGAGCCACAUUAGAGUCAUUGCAAUUCAAUUUGGCAACAAUUGAAGCUGCAACAGAUAAGUUCUCACUUGAAAAUAGAAUAGGCAAAGGUGGAUUUGGAGAAGUCUACAUGGGCAUUCUUCCCGAUGGUAGCAAAAUAGCUGUAAAGAGAUUGUCAGAAAAAUCAAGUCAGGGCUUAUUAGAGUUCAAGAAUGAGGUUUUACUAAUUGCCAAACUUCAACACAGAAACCUGGUUGCAUUAUUAGGAUUUUGCUUGAAAGAUCAAGAGAAAAUACUUGUCUAUGAAUACGUUCCUAACAAGAGCCUCGAUUAUUUUUUAUUUGGUUCACAAAAGUCAAGAGUGUUAAAUUGGCCAGAGCGUCACAAAAUUAUAGGAGGAAUUGCUCGAGGAGUUCUUUAUCUUCAUGAAUACUCACGUGUUAAGAUAAUACAUCGAGAUCUCAAACCUAGCAAUAUUUUGUUAGAUGAUGAGAUGAAUCCGAAAAUUUCUGAUUUUGGAAUGGCGAGAAUUGUUAGCAUUAAUGAAACUAGGGGAAACACGAAUAGAAUUGUUGGAACAUUGGGUUACAUGUCUCCAGAAUAUAUCAAAUUUGGACUAUUUUCUGAGAAAUCAGAUAUUUACAGCUUUGGAGUUAUUGUUUUAGAAAUUAUAAGUGGAAAGAAUAUAUCUUCUCAAUGUGAAUCACAUGAAUCUCAAUAUGCUGGUGGACUCUUAAGCGAUGCUUGGAAGCAUUGGAGGGAUGACAAUUUGGUAGCGAUAUUGGAUUCGAAUCUGACAGAAGCUGGGUCACACAGCGAAAUAAUCAAAUGCAUCCAUAUUGGCUUGUUGUGUGUUCAAGGAAAUCCAGGAGUUAGGCCUUCCAUGAACAAAGUUGUUCAAUAUCUGAGUAAUGAUUCAAUUCAACUGCCAAUUCCUCAAGAACCAGCAUUCUUCAUCCAUAGUCAAAUGGAACCAGCGGAAACCAGUAGGUCAAUGGAGGCUCAACUUGCCAACCAUAAUCAAUAUUCCAUCAAUGAAAUGUCGGAAAAUAUAAUGUCUCCUCGCUAGAUCGCAGGAGACUUCAACUUUUGUUUUUCUCUACUUGAGAAUUGAAGGUUUAGAAUUUUUUCUCUUGUUGCAUAACACGCGUGGCUUUAUUUUUAAAACAUGCUUGCAAUAACAAUUUGAUU